GUCAAACAACACUCUAGAGAGUGAACAUUAUGUAUAUGGCUUAAAAAGGCAGUCUAUUCUUCUUGAAGUGUAUGUCAAUGGUAUCACCUUUUAGGGAAUGGAGCAACAACUCACUCAACAAUCGUGGAAUAUUCAGAACUACUAGCUCCAAUAACAGAAUAAUGUCAGUGUGGAACAAGAGUGUGCUUAACAGACUUCUGACGUAGGGUUAAAUCCUACGUGUGUGUGUGUGUGUGUGUGUGUGUGUGUGUGUCGUUAUUUUGUGUGUAGCAGCAGUUGGAGGUUCUGAGCGGAGGCAGGGAACUGAGGCAGUACACAGAGGAGCGGAGUGGAGGCAGAAGAGACCCAUCAGCCAUCGCUACAUCAAGCAGCCAGAGACCCUGCACAGACAUGCGUCCAAGGUCCAGAUUACUGGUGAAACGAGGCCUGCCCACCAUCAGGGAGGGUUAUGAGGAGCUGGUGCAGGACCUGAACCAGACCAACAGCCAGCACUCUACAGCACAGGACUACUUCCUCUCCAUAUGCCAUCUGGCCCGGCCCACCUUCCCUAUGCAUGAGCCUGACUGUGACAUCCUCUCCAUAGGCCCUUUAGACUCCCCAAAACCCUGCCCACGAAUGCACCGCCUAUGCCAGCAUCUGCAAACUCCACAGCCUCACACCUCCACAAGUAGCGAUCACACUGUUCAGCAAGCCCACAAAGAGCAAGACAUCGGCAGAUCUGCUUUGUCAGAACCGCUGCAGGACAAGGCCUCAGAGGAGGGCAGUGAAUGCAGAGGUGACAGCCCAGGCCCCAUGGAUCCGCUAGAGUACCUCUACAGCAACAGAGGUGCACUAGCACUCUCCAACAGGAGGGGGAGCAUUCCUCCACGCAGGCCACGCAGUGACACCUACCCAGGCAGCUUCUCUGCACCUGACACUCAGCGCAAGGGCAGUUGUCCUGAGCUGUGCCUGGCUGAGACGGUCACUACGGCAACAGUCCUGCAGCGGUCACCGCUCCACAGGAAGAAGCUGGAUGACAGUAGCCUUGCUGCACGUAAUGGUGUUCCCAAAAAGCUCGAUGGCACCCCUGCUGGAUGGAGGGGAAAGAGCAGUCGCUGCAUGGACAAACAGACAAUUGUGUCCCACUGGAUCGCAGAGUGCCGCAGUGCAUGGAAGGAGGCCCGCAUUCGCGCGUGCAUGCUGCCCGCCAUUGCCGAGAAGUAAUCUAAGCAUGCCACACUUGCAAAGUUAAAAUGUAUUUUUCCAGUGAAUAGGACAGGCAAGCAUCAUGGAGAGUAACGUGUAUUAUGUAAUUAUUACUUUGCACUGCAGGUUUAUAUGCAUGUACAUUAUUUGAUGUAUUUUUAAAUCAGACUGUAUAUAUAUUUAAUCUCUGCUCUGUAGAUAGUGCAGAGUUACAAUGAAUGUCAAUGAUAAGACUGAGUCAGUCCUGUAAUGUCCAGUCAUGAUCAAAUGCAUUGAUUGUUGAAUUCCUUUUAUUAUAGUUUAGUGAUGCUUUAAAAAAAAAAAAGUAAAGAAACCUUGAUCUUCAAAAUUGCAGUUCUAAUAUUGCACAUUUAAUACAAUAGUUUAUGGGAUAAAUGUCUGAGGGUAUUACAAUGCAUAAUGUUCACAGAUAAGCAUCUCACUGUGUCUAAAUCUUUGCAUAACUUCUUUUAAGACUCAGCAAGCAGAAAAUUAUAUAGGCAGCUACUGCAAGGAAGAAUUAAUACACCAUGCUUCCAAAACAACUUAGUCAUACAUUUGAUGGAAAUCCAAGAUCUGCAAACAAUUACGUCAAAAGGACUAAUGUGCCUAAAUCCAAAAAUAGUCCUUAAUUGUCUCUUCCUCUCCACCAAAAGAGAUAUCUGAGACAUUAUUUCUAAUUAAUUGUUUUGAUCUGAAAUAUAUACAGCAAACACAUCCUGGUUCACCUAAUAUAAUAUCACUAUUUAUAGGAAACAGAAAGGCUAAGGGAACAUUAAUGUCUGAUCAAGGAUGGACCCAACAUAUGUUUUAGGCUAUGAUAGUUCACUGUCAUCUUCUGCCUGAAAGGCAACAUUAUGUUUAUGCUCAGGCUCUUGUUUCCAACUUUAACCAGUAGAGCAGGGUGAAACAGCUUGCAAGCACAAAUAUCAGCAAUAGAAAAGACUAGUCUGAUUUGAGGAUGAAUAAAGGUUUCCUGAUAAGGAAUAGCCUUCAGUUGAUCAAUGGACCAUAGAAUAACAAAUCUGACCAUAAUAUAUCAUUUUGAAAUCGAGACUUUGAAACCAAGUCAUUGUGGAACUGCACUGUUAUCCUCAUUAGACUGUUUGUACACAUCCAGAAAAUCAUGUUUCCCUGCACUGAUUUGGUAUUAUAUGAAUUCGUAUUUUAAGAUCAUCUUACUGUUAGAAAAUCAAUUAAUAUGGUUGCAUGUGACUUUGUAAAUUAUUUUGUAUUCAUGCAUAUGACAUUUCUGAAAAUUAUAAUGGAUGUAAUGAUUUGAGAGAAAACUGUAUAUUGCUCUGUAUGAGUAAAGAAAAUGUUGUUUGUAAAGUUUCAGCUAGCUUGUACUU